ACCAACGACACCAAGAACCGUUGAUUUCACGAGCGCGACACCCGGCACCGCUCUCCACCCAUCCAAUUCUGUGCUAUGUCGAAGUCUCAGUCCUGCCCCACUUCCACCCCUUUCUUCGCGGCACCAGGGCAGGUGGAGAUGCCAGAGACCUUUCUGAAGGAGUUAAGCAUGGAUCGCAUGGAUGGCAUGGAUGGCAUGGAUGCUGAGAGUCCAGCCACUUCCGGUUGGGUGACUCCAACUCUGUUUGGAAACGCUGAGGAAACUAAGCAGUACUAUGCAGUGCAUGGCCCACCUUGUCAGCUAUGGGAUGGGCCACUGCAAGCAGUGCUUCAGCAGAAGGCAGUUCAGAGAGGCGGUGAAGACACCCCAACUAACUUGGGAACCUUUGAUCAGUCACAGCGCCUCUGGGAAGCAAGUGGCUGCCCAAUCGCUGAGCCGCAGCUUCUGCCUCCUGAGAUCGAGCGGGCGGUGAAUUUCGUUGCGCAGCGUGAAUCAUUGCGCGCUCAGCACCAGCAGCACCAGCAGUUGCUGCUGGCCCUGGAGCCACUUGUGGCGGACCAGACGGCUGAAGAACCGGCGGAAGAAGCAGCCGAAGUGGCGGAAGAGGUCGAUGAACAAGCCUUGGAACACGUGGACUACCAGCAGACUCCGGAGGCUGGCGAAGUUAAGACGGAGAACUUGGAAGCCCCAAAGGCUGAGACAGCAGCUGCCGUUUCUGUAGUUGAGUCGGUCCCUAGCCCAGACUCCGAAUUGCUCAGGGCCCGCUGCGGCCCGGCGCGGGACAACUUGAACACCAAUGCUCCCAAGUUCCGCCCUGGCAUGGAGGAAUGUCCAUAUGUGGCCAUCGGCCAGCUGUGCCGGACUUCGAAGUUUUGCGGGUUCGGCAGAUGCAAGAGUUACCUGGAGGGCAAGUGCACGCGCAAAAGGUGCAAAUUCUGCUGGGGGCUCAGAGAAUUCAGCAGAUGUGUUUCACAGGGUUUGACAGCUGCUGGUGUUUUGUUUGUCCAGGUUGGCUCUGCAGCUGACUGA